AUGUCCAAGUACUCUUCACGGCUGACUGUUCUUGAAGGGAGGUUACUACAUCUCUCACUUGUAGAAUAUAGGAGUGUAAAAUUGGCAUUUUCAGAUUGCAGAUCUAUGGAAUUCGAGAAGUAUUGCACAGUAGAAGGAAAUCCUACAACUGUUCUUCCAUGUCCUUGGCAUUGUACAAAACGUGAAAAGGGAAACACAAAGUAA